GGGGGGGGGCACGUGUCCCUGUGCACAGGCUCUGCCAGGGCCGUGGUUGCUAGUCGAGGGGAGGACACGACUGUUAAUUUACUGAUUUGGGGUCAGUGGAGCGUUUCUCCUGGCUCCUCCCGCGGACACGGGGAGGGCGGGAAGGGGCGUGUGGCUGCCAGCAGGGCCUCCGCUGACUUCCAUCCUGGCCCCUCCUGCGUGCGGUCGUCUGUGGGAAACGGCAGAGGACACGCUGACUUCCCGUGGUGCCCUCCCCUGGAGUCAGGAGGCUCGUGGGCCGGCGCUGACCUGGUCAGAUCCGAGACGCCAGGGCUGUUUCACUUGGGACGUGGCCGGUGCCUGCCUGCCUGUGGCCCUGGGCGGAGGCGUUUCGGUCCCAGGCCGGCCUGACUCUGCCCUGCUUCCUCCCUUAGGCGCCUCAGCCUCCCGGCACCGCGUCCUCCGAGCCCGGCGACCAGGACAGCAGGAGCUCGUCUCUGCAGGCUCCCUUCUCUGCGGGAUGGAGCUGCAUUCCCCUGCACGGUGUGAGCCCAGAAGUGAGCGAGCUGCUGAUGGAGGCGCAGCUGCUCCAGGUAACCCUUCCUGAGACCCAGGAGCUUUACCAGACGUUGCUCGCGAAGCCCAGCCCUGCCCAGCAGACGGGCCGCAGCUCCCCAGGCAGACCCGGCGGCAAGAAGAGCGACUGCUGCCGGGCGAAGCGAGAGGGAAGCGGCAGCCUGGAGAGGAAGCUGAAGCGCCGCCCCGAGAGAGAUGGCCUCGCCGGCGAGUGCUGGGGCCGGGUGCGGAAAGUGUGGGCCCCCGGGAGGAAGAGGAUCAGACUGGGGCCCCCCCAGGACACGGACGCUUUCCAGUUAGAGAGCGAGCGUGGCUACACGCCCGUCCGCUCCGCCGACACCCACUCCCUGCCCUCGGACACCUCCUCCUCGGAGCAGGAGGACCCUGAGGACGAAGACGCCAUCUGCCCGGCUGGGAGCUGCCUGCAGCCGGAGGGAGACGAGGUGGACUGGGUCCAGUGUGAUGGCAGCUGCAACCAGUGGUUCCAUCAGGUCUGUGUUGGCGUCUCCCCGGAGACGGCGGCGAAGGAGGACUACGUCUGUGCGCGCUGCGCGGGGACGGCCGCGCCGAGCCGGAAAUAAGCCCGCCCCUUGUGUCGUUCAGGACUCACCGGGAGGGACCGCAAAGCCACAGGACUGGGUCAGACCAGCCUGUACUCGGUGCUAUUUCUAUUCCGAAUGGAUCGUUUUCCAGAACUCUUUGGAAAAAAGAAAAAAAAACAACUAAAAAAUUUUUUGACACCUUUUGUAUUUUUUCCUUAAGAGCUGUUUGUGGUUGUGGGGUGACAUGCUGGUGUGUGGCGGGUUCCCACCCACCGAAGGCUCUGGCGCUCGCCCCUUCGCACGCACAGCUCCCCACGCGCCGCCGGAUCCCCGCCGCGAGCCCAGCUCCGUCUCGUGCCCAGAGGCACAGAAAUUCCAGUAAAUCCUCGUGGGAGGAGUUCUCCGUUUACUGUUACCAUAUUGGGAACUUGAGUUUCACUUUGGGGUUUUGUUUGUUUCUUUAUCCGCUUUUCUUUUCCUCGUAGACUAGGUUUAUUUAUCUGAGCAAUAACUUCCAUGUUGUUUCAGUGGCUGGAAUUAAAACAAAACUUCCGAA